UCUAUCUUAUUUAAUUAUAUUAUUAAACUACUACUAUUAAAGAAGCUUAUAAUAAAUAUAGUAUAUAACAGCAUCUUUAUUAUUAUUAAUAAAUUAAUAAAACAAAGUAUCUUUAUUCUAUAUAAAGAAAAAAGUACAGUAGAAGAAUUAGGUUAUAUAAUAUAA